GGAAGAUGCUGUGCCUCCCGGUGGCCUUCCAGGUGCUGCUGGUGCUGGCGCUGUGCAGCCAAGGGGCAGAGCGGUGUCCUUCAGCCUUGUGCGAGUGCUCUGACUGGGAUGACUACAAAAUCACUUGCAGGGACAUCCACUUCAUCCCCAGCCUUCCACAGGACACCCAGACCCUGAGAUUUAUGGAGACUCAUCUAAGAACAAUUCCAAGCGAAGCUUUUUCCAAUCUCCCCAAUAUCUCUAGGAUCUACAUCUCUAUAGAUGAAACACUUCAGAGUCUGGAGGCCCAUUCCUUCAACAGCUUACGUCAAGUCACUCACAUUGAAAUUCGAAAUCUUAGAAACUUGGGUUACAUAGAUCCAGAUGCCUUUAAGAACCUCCCACUGUUGAAAUACCUUGGGAUUUUUAAUACUGGACUCAAAGUAUUUCCUGACCUCACCAAAAUCUAUUCAUCUGAUGUGAACUUUUUGCUUGAAAUUGCAGAUAAUCCAUUCAUGACUUCAGUGCCUGCAAAUGCUUUCCAUGGGCUCUGUAAUGAAUCUCUUACUCUCAAAUUGUACAAUAAUGGUUUUACCAGCAUCCAAGGCCAUGCUUUUAAUGGGACAAAUCUGGAUGCUGUCUAUCUGCACAAGAAUAAAUACUUGAAAGUUAUCAAUGAAGAUGCAUUUCUGGGAGUGCACAGUGGACCAACCCUCCUGGAUGUUUCCAGAACAGUCAUUGCUAACCUUCCAGCCAAAGGUUUGGAAAGCCUUAAAGAACUGAUGGCCAAAAAUACAUGGACUUUAAAGAAAUUGCCAGCUGUAAAGAUAUUUCUUCAGCUAAUGCGAGCUGACCUGUCCUAUCCAAGUCAUUGCUGUGCUUUCAAGAAUUGGAAAAAAAACAGUGGAAUUUUGGAAUAUCUGACCUGUAACCAGACUGGCAGUCUCAGCUUUCGUAAAAGAAGAUCAGUCAAAGUUCUCAGAGGUCCAUUUUACAAAGAUUAUGUAGAAGAAUAUACUGAUCACACUGAUGCUGUAUACAACAAAAACACCAAGUUCAGGAAUUUUCAUGAAAAUUCCCAUUAUUAUGUUUUUUUUGAAGAGCAUGGGGAAGGAAACGUUGGGUUUGGCCAAGAGCUCAAGAACCCUCAAAUGGAAGAUGUCCAGGCCUUUGACAACCAUUACGACUAUCCUGUCUGUGGAGGCAAUGAAGAUAUAAUAUGUACUCCAGAGCCUGAUGAGUUUAAUCCCUGUGAGGACAUAAUGGGGUACAAAUUUCUAAGGAUUGUGGUGUGGUUUGUGAACCUGCUGGCCAUACUAGGUAACAUUUUUGUCCUUUUCAUCCUUCUGACCAGCCACUACAAAUUAACUGUACCACGAUUUCUGAUGUGUAACUUGGCCUUUGCUGAUUUUUGCAUGGGCUUGUACCUUCUCUUGAUUGCUUCAGUGGAUCUCCAUACCAGGUCAGAGUACUAUAAUCAUGCCAUAGAGUGGCAGACAGGGCCUGGUUGCAAUACAGCUGGCUUUUUCACAGUCUUUGCUAGUGAACUUUCUGUAUAUACGCUCACUGUAAUCACCCUGGAGCGCUGGUAUGCCAUCACUUUUGCCAUGCGCCCGGAUCGAAAGAUUCGCCUCCGACAUGCUUUGGUUAUCAUGCUGGGAGGUUGGCUGUCAUGCUUUUUUCUUGCUCUGUUGCCGCUGGUUGGAGUCAGCAGCUACAGCAAAGUCAGUAUCUGCUUGCCUAUGGACACUGAAACACCAGUGGCCGAAGCCUAUGUUGUCUUUGUUUUAAUAUGUAACAUUAUUGCUUUUGUCAUUAUUUGUGCCUGCUACAUAAAAAUCUAUGUCACUGUGCGAAAUCCUCAGUACAAGUCAGGGGACAAAGACACCAAAAUUGCCAAAAGGAUGGCUGUGUUGAUUUUCACGGACUUUCUGUGCAUGGCUCCCAUCUCUUUCCAUGCGUUAUCAGCCAUUAUGAGCAAGCCUUUGAUAACUGUCACGAAUUCCAAGAUCUUGCUGGUACUCUUCUACCCACUCAAUUCUUGUGCCAACCCGUUUCUUUAUGCUAUUUUCACCAAAGCUUUCCGAAGAGAUAUAUUUAUCCUGCUAAGCAGGUUUGGUGUAUGUGAGCAUCGAGCUCAAGUCCACAGAGGUCAAACAGUCUCCACCAAAAACAGCAGUGGCUCUUAUGGGCAGAGAAUCAGCCGAGGGAUAGGUCAGAUACUUACAAGCAUUCAAGACCCAGUCAAUGAUUACCUCCCAGCUAUGACAAUGCAAGACCAAAUUCUUGUAGAAGAAUGCAAGCAAACUGAGCUAUAA